UGAAAAGAGCUGGGUGCUGUAACUUUUCUCUCCAGCCUCGUCCUCUCUCUCCCCCGCCAUCAAAAAGAAAUUCCAGUUUCGCUUCGCUUCCCUUCCGCGAAGAUUCGCGGCGGCGCUUAUUAAACAUCCUUCCCCACCGACUUCGCCUCGCCUCGCCUCGCCUCGCCUCCUCGCCCUCCGCCCGUCCCUCAGGGCUUAGAAUCGUAGGAACUCUCCGAAGAAGACCGUGUUCGAUCGGGGAUUUCCAGGUCUGUGACCCGAGUUGGAAUCGUUUUCCUUGAGCUCCUGCGGACCGAGAAAUGUUUAUGGAUCCUCAGUACGCGGGAUAUUCCGGGCCGUUCAGCGGCUUCAAUUUCCACGACCAGACUCUCGCCCCCUUCUCGAAUCCAUACGAGGAGCUGGCGAACCACUUGCUGCUGGACGAUCCCGAAUCGGACCUUUCGGUUCACUUCCCUUCCUUCGCUUCCGAUCCCGAACCCUGCAACUCCGCUGUAUCUCCUAGUUUUAGCGUGGAUGGGGAUUUCCUUUCCGACUAUGGCGACACCUCGGAUCCCACGUUGAAAUACAUAAAUCAGAUGCUCAUGGAGGAGGACAUAGAUGACAAACCCUGUAUGUUUCAUGAUCCUUUAGCUCUCCAAGCUGCAGAGAAAUCCUUAUACGAUGCUCUCUGUCCGAAGGACCGUCCCUCACAAAACCAGUCGCCUCUCUACAUGGACAGCCCUGAUGACAAUUGCUCGGGUAGCAGCAACGGCUACUGCGGCAGUAGUACUAUCACUUCGAGCACUGCUAGCGGUGGCAAUUCUGUCGACUUUCCAGGGACUGGUGAUUAUUGUGAGAGCCGACCCUCUAUAUUUCAGCCUCACAUCCCAGAGAACUUUGUGUUCCAGGCGACUGCAAUUCCCAGUCGCCAAUCAGGGCAUGAAUUUCGGAAAAAUGUCAUUACCAAAGCUAAGGGGAUGUUGGGCUCAGGCUCUGCAAUGGGUGAGUUUAUGCUUCCGAACCUUUUUGCGGAUAGCAAUUCCAUGUUGUUCUUCCAGAAGGGGUUUGAGGAAGCUAGUAGAUUUAUUCCGAAGGGUAAUCCAUUGUCGAUUGAUACAGAGAAGAGGAUGCCCCAUCUGGUGUCGAAGAGGGAGACUGCAAGGGCAGCAGUCAAGGCGGAGAACAGUGAGCCUGAACUCUCGUAUUUAUAUGAAAUCAAGGGAAAUAAGAAGCAUGAGCGUGAGGACGCGGAAUUUGAAUAUCAGAGGAGCACAAAGCAGCCAGCAGUUUGCGUGGAGGAGAAUGAGUUAGCUGACAUUUUCGAUAGGGUUCUACUUUGUGCUCCGACGGGAAAUAAGCCUGAUUCUAAAUCUCCUGGUUCUAGAUUUGAGGAUGCCUCAAAUAAUGGGGCAAGCCAGAAUGUACAGAAAAAUCUGCAAUCACCUGCACUUUCAGCCGAACAGCUCUGUGUCAAAAAACCAAUGAGUGAUAAGAAGGAAGUCGUGGAUCUGAGGAACCUUCUGUGUUCUUGUGCACAAGCAGUUGCCGUGGAGGAUCGUAAAAAUGCUAAUCAAUAUCUGAAGCAGAUUAGGCAGCACUCCUCCCCUUUUGGUGAUGGGUCUCAGAGGUUGGCCCACUCUUUUGCCGAAGCCCUUAAGGCACGCAUGGAUUGCACAGGAGCGCAAGUCUAUACGGAGUUAGGCUCCAAAAGGAAAUCUGCUACUGAAAUGUUGAAAGCUUACCGAGCUUAUCUCUCAGUUUUCCCAUUUCAGAGGUUUGCGAUCAUCUAUUCUAACCAUAUGAUUUUAAGCAUAUCUGAGAAAGCGACGAAACUGCAUAUUAUCGAUUUUGGUAUCCUUUAUGGUUUUCAAUGGCCCGCCCUCAUUCAUUGCCUCGCAAGGAGACCUGGUGGCCCCCCAAAGUUGCGCAUCACGGGGAUCGAGCUGCCCCAAAGUGGUUUCCGUCCAGCAGAAAGAGUUCAAGAGACUGGUCGGCGCCUUGCAAAGUACUGUGAGCGUUUCAAGGUUCCAUUUGAGUACAAUGCUAUCGCGCAGAAGUGGGAAACCAUUAGGAUUGAGGACCUCAAGAUUUCUAAAGACGAGGUGGUUGCCGUGAAUUGCCUCUUUCGAUUCAAGAAUUUACUUGAUGAGACUGUUAUAAUUAAUAGCCCGAGGGAUCAGGUACUAAAGCUAGUACAUCGAAUCAGGCCAAGAAUUUUUGUCCACUCGAUCCUUAAUGGAUCCUUCAAUGCCUGUUUUUUUGUGUCGAGGUUUCGGGAGGUUCUUUUCCACUACUCGGCCUUGUUUGAUGCAUUUGAUGCUAAAUUACCUCGUGAACAUCCAAUGAGGCUGGUAUUUGAACGAGAGUUUUUCAGCCGCGAAGCUCUGAAUGUCAUCGCAUGUGAGGGCACGGAGAGAGUUGAGAGGCCUGAGACAUAUAAGCAGUGGCAAAUCCGCAACACGAGGGCGGGUUUUAAGCCCCUCCCCCUGGAUCCCGUAAUUAUGAAGAAGCUGAAGUCGAAAUUGAAAGAGGGGUACCUUGAUGAUUUCGUGGUUGACAAAGAUGGUCAAUGGAUGCUCCAAGGAUGGAAAGGUCGGAUUCUUUAUGCUUCCUCCUGUUGGGAACCUGUGUAGAAUUUCUCCAAGUCUUUAUAUGCUUGUCCUUUUGGUGUGAGCCGGGGAUAGUUUAUGACGACCAAGGAGGAAGCUGUUGGCUGAUUCGUGGCAAGUAAGGCAUCUUUCUAGCUUUCGGAAAUAGGUGUCAUAUCACCUUGCUUUCACUUUACGAUUGUAUGCUGCUGUAGGCUUCUCUCUUUUUGGCUGGUGAUCUUUCUGUUUAGACUGAUAUCUAGGAAAUGCUUGCCCUCCCUUGGCUGUGCAUACUGUAUAGGAUAGCUACUAUUUAUCUGUGGUACUGUCUAGACAGUAUUCCUGGACCUUAAUAAAUUUGAGCACUGAUGUAGUUUUUCUGGUUAUAUCUGUUUCCGAAUAUCCAUAUUGUCUGCUGUUGGUUGAGGAGUAAUGGCAUGAAGACAACGACGUCCAACAGUGUUGGGUUGA